AUGGCCCUAAGAAGCAGUUUUGUUCAUACAUACAUUUCUGUUGGUGGUGCCAAGAAUGGAGGUGAACGUGUGGUUCCUGUUCACAAGGCACCCAGAUUCUAUCCCACCGAGGAUGUGCCCCGUCCUUUGAAAUCCCGAAAGACUGCUCGCGCCCCUGGUCUCCGCUCCACCCUCACCCCUGGAACCGUCAUCAUCAUCUUGGCUGGUCGAUUCCGUGGCAAGCGAGCUGUCUUCUUGAAACAGCUCACCAGCGGUCUUCUCCUCAUCUCCGGACCAUUUAAACUCAACGGUGUCCCCCUCCGAAGAGUGAACCAAGCUUACGUUAUCGCCACCCAGACCAAGGUCGAUGUAUCAUCGGUCACGUUGGAUGAAAAGCUAGAUGACGCUUAUUUCUCCAAGGACAAAAAGACUCGUGAACAGCGAGCCAAGGCCAAAGAGUUCUUCGCUGAAAACGGUGAGAAGGAAAAGAAGACACUCCCAGAAGCCAAGAUCGCCGAUCAAAAACAGGUUGACAAGGCCCUCAGCGCUGUCAUCGCCAAGACACCCAACCUUGCGAAGUUCUUAGCUUGUCCAUUCGGAUUGUCGAAGGGUGAAUUCCCUCAUUUGAUGAAAUUUUGA